GACAACAUUUUUGCCAAAAUAAAAUUAUCUCGAUGACGCCCGUGGCAAAAACGACGUCGUAGAGAACGACACUCUCAGAGCUCGCAAGGUCGAAGGUUGAAGAAGAAGAAGACGAAAAUGUCGCAGCUGCAACCACAGCAGCAGCAACAACAACAACAACUAAACAGCAACAUUCCAGUAAGCGAAAUUUUCUGGACUCUCGUCGACAAAGCCGACAAAAAAUUCUCCAAAAUCAGAGACAUACCUUAUUACCAACGCUCCAGACACGAUACACAUUUCUCUAAGGUUUUCAAAGUCUACACACAAUUAUGGAAAUUCCAACAAGAAAAUCGUCAGAAACUAAUCGAAGCAGGUUUAAAGCGAUGGGAAAUUGGCGAAAUUGCUUCGCGAAUCGGUCAACUCUAUUUCGGGCAAUACAUGAGAACUUCUGAUUUUAAUUACUUAUCAGAAUCAUACAUUUUCUAUGAAGCUAUUUUCACUCGUGAUUAUUUUAAAGAUGGUUUGUUUCAAGAUGUUAAUAUUGCUAAUAAGCAAUUGAGGUUUUUAGCGAGGUUUUUGACGGUUUGUUUGCUUUUGAAUCGGAGGGAAGUGUUGCCGCAAUUGGUUAAUCAGCUUAAGGUUUUGGUUGAUGAGUGUAAGAGAGUGUUUGUGGAUAGUGAUUUUAGAGAAUGGAAGGUUGUUGUUUUGGAAAUUGGGAGGUUUUUGAAAGCUGAUACUAGUUUUAUGAAUGUUAGACCGGUGAGGUAUAGUUUGGUUUUGGAUUCUCAUCCUGAUACUUUGCCACAUGUUCCUGUUGCUAUUGCAAAGCGGAAUUUGAAAUUGCGAGAUGCUGUAUUGAGUAGCUUCCAUCAUAACGAGGUUAAGUUUUCAGAGCUCACCAUUGACACUUUUAGGAUGCUUCAAUGUUUGGAGUGGGAACCAAGUGGCUCAUUUUACCAGUCUGGUGGUUCAAAACUUAGUCAGAAUGGGGCAACUGGGAGUGGCCGUAUCAGUUACUUACAAGAUAUUGCUGAUCCGACGUUACCGGCAAACCCACGGAAAGCUAUAUUAUACCGUCCUUCACUGACACAUUUCGUAGCUGUUCUUGCAACAAUUUGUGAGGAGCUUCCUCCGGAUGGUAUUCUCCUUGUAUAUUUAUCAGCUUCAGGAGCAGGAUCUUGUGGUGCCGGGCAUAAUGAAUCUGGUGGUAUAAACUUCGGUUCCCGUGGAGAUAGAGGAUCAAACUGCAUAUAUCCAUCUGACUUUCUACCGUUUACUAGAAGACCACUUCUUUUAGUUAUUGAUAAUGAAAACAGCAAAGCUUUUAAGGUCAUAACAGAGGCAGAAAAAGGAGAGUCGGUGGCAAUGCUCCUUUCUCCAAAUCGAUUGCCUCCUUUUGUGUCUGAUUGCUCACAUUCUUCAAAUGGGAGCCUAUUCACCAUGUUUCUUACAGCUCCAUUGCAAGCUUUCUGUCUGCUGCUAGGAUUUUCAGGCACUGAUAUUGAUUUGGACUUGUACAAUAAAGCUGAAAUACUGCUCUCGGCAUCAUUAAAUAACUGGGGAUUGGCGUUGGCAUCAUCAGACACACUUGAUCCAGCUUGGGGACAGGUUUUAGGCGAUCCCUUCAUAAGGAGACUUCUUUUGAGAUUCAUAUUUUACCAGACGGUGCUGACCUUGUAUGCACCAGUUUACAAUAAAAGCGACUUCCUUCCAACAUGUGUUCCUUCCCUUCCAACGCCUGUCCUACCCCCAAGCCACUCGUAUCAAAGUGUAAUUCAGCAACUAGCCAGCAUUUUUGGUGCAACUAAGCACUUCAUCUUUUCUGAGAAUGUUUCUCCUGAAAAUAUACCUUCAAACGUGGAUCAGGUGUGAAUUAUAUAGCAUUUGAAGUAGCAGGGGAUCCAAUUUCCAAGAUAAGCAAGAACUUCAAUUCAGAGGCACAUAAUGUAUACAGUUUAUUUGUAUAGCAAUCAAAAACUGAUUUCUAUCAAUAUAACAGUUUGGUCUUGGUGAGUUUCUUGUAAUAAUUCAAGUAAAGGCUUUAGCAUUUGACCCAAAAAAAGUAAAGGCAUGUCAAGAUGCUACAAUGUUUGUGCACCUCCUCAUUAAUGCUUUUCAAUGUAUGAAAUAUUUUUUGUACUAAGAUAAUGACACAAUGUAUCUUGAAUGGUGUUUUUCCUUUAAAAUGUGAAAAAAACACCACCACAUUUACAUUUUUGGAA